UUUAAGCCUUUUCUACACCAUCACCAAACUCUCCCAAAUCUCAAUCAAUCCUUUUCUCUGCUAAUAUUCACACAAGAAAGAAAGAAAGAAAGAAAGAAAGAAAGAAAGAGAGAGAGAGCUAUGGAAAAUUCCAAUUCUGUUGUGAUUAUGAUGAGUAUAAAGUUAUUAGUAUUGAGUAUUGUUAUGCUCCAAAUGAGCUCCAUGUCAUCGUCUUCUCCAGUCCCCGAUCCUGAUUUAGUCGCCCAAGAAGUUCUUACGAGCAUCAACAAUGCAACAAUAACAAGAAGGAAUUUGGGGUUCCUAUCCUGUAAAACUGGCAACCCGAUAGACGACUGCUGGCGUUGCGAUGCCAAUUGGGAAAAGAACCGAAAGAAGCUAGCCGACUGCGCCAUUGGGUUUGGAAAACGAGCCAUCGGCGGCAAAAACGGCAAAUACUACAUCGUGACUGACCCAUCCGACAAUGACGUGGUGAACCCAAAACCGGGCACACUCCGGCACGCCGUAAUCCAAAAAGAACCCUUAUGGAUCACCUUCAAGCGCGACAUGGUCAUCAAAUUAAAAGCAGAGCUUCUGAUGAACUCUUUCAAAACCAUCGACGGGCGUGGCGUCUCCGUCCACAUCGCCGGAGGGCCUUGCAUUACCAUUCAAUUUGUGACCAACAUUAUAAUCCACGGCAUUAACAUUCACGAUUGCAAGCAAGGUGGGAACACUUACGUGAGAGACUCGCCGGAGCAUUACGGUUGGAGGACGGUGUCAGACGGGGAUGGGAUAUCUAUAUUUGGAGGAAGCCAUGUUUGGAUUGACCAUUGCUCUUUGUCGAAUUGCCGAGAUGGGUUGAUUGAUGCGAUUCAUGGAUCGACGGCUAUUACUGUUUCAAACAAUUACAUGACUCAUCAUAACAAAGUUAUGCUUUUAGGACACAGUGAUUCCUAUACUCAAGAUAAGAACAUGCAAGUCACCAUUGCUUUUAACCAUUUCGGUGAAGGCCUUGUUCAAAGAAUGCCACGGUGUCGCCACGGAUAUUUCCAUGUGGUAAAUAAUGACUAUACUCAUUGGAUAAUGUAUGCCAUUGGUGGAAGUGCAUCUCCUACUAUCAAUAGCCAAGGAAAUAGAUACCUUGCUCCUAAUAACCAAAAUAGCAAAGAGGUGACAAAACGAGAGGAUACACCCCAAAGCAGGUGGAAGAAUUGGAAUUGGAGAUCAGAUGGAGAUUUGAUGUUGAAUGGAGCAUUCUUCGUAAGGUCCGGGGCUGGAGCAUCGUCUAGCUAUGCAAGAGCAUCCAGCUUGAGUGCUAAGUCCUCCUCGCUAAUCAAUUCGAUCACGGCAGGAGCUGGAGUGUUGAAAUGUCGAAAAGGGUCUCGAUGCUAGUCCAACCACUGUUGGUGAUAUAUAUACAUAUUAUGAACCAAUAUGACAUUAUAUUAAAAGAUAAAUCAGCAAGGAGAGAUUUGAGAAUCUUCUUGUAUAGUAUAAUUUUAAUUUGAUUGGUCACAACUAAAAGGCUUUAAGAAAAAGUCAUAUUUCAGAGUGAGUGACCCAACAUUUGUAAUUCCGUCUAAUUACAAUAUUAAGAUAAAUAUUAUUAUGCAAAAAGAAACUUUGUACUCUCUUUUCAAAA